UGAGCUGGUAAUAUGAGUAACAGACUCAAACGUACAUAAAUGAAGCUUCAAGCAUUCAAAUCAAUUUAAUUGGAUACUUAUCUCCUACCUAUCCAUUUGGUUGAAUCUAACUUACUCGGAAAUAAAACGACAAUGACCAAACCAAUUGUAUACACGCUCUACUUAAGUCCACCUUCGCGAGCUGUGGAUCUCUGUGCGGUAGCGCUGGGAAUCGAAUUGGAACGCAAAGUUAUGAAUCUGCUAGAGAGGGAACAUUUGGACCCGAAAUUUCUCAAGAUGAAUCCUCAACAUACGAUUCCGGUGCUGGAUGAUGGUGGGAUAAUUGUUCGUGAUAGCCAUGCCAUCAUGAUCUAUUUGGUAUCCAAGUAUGGGAAGGACGAUAGUUUGUACCCGAAGGAUUUGGCUGAACAGGCGAAAGUUAAUGCUGCCUUAUACUUUGAUUGUGGAGUCCUGUUCGCUCGUUUGCGGUUCAUUACUGAACAAAUUCUGAUGGGAGGAAGUGAAAUUCCGGCGGAAAAGGCUGCUUACGUGGAGUCGGCUUACCAACUGCUGGAAGAUGCCCUGACCGAUGACUUCAUCGCAGGAAACUCUCUGACUAUCGCAGAUCUUAGCUGCGGGUCCACUGUCUCCACCGCGAUGGGAUUAAUUCCGAUGGACCGGGACAAAUAUCCGAAGAUCUACGCUUGGUUGAACCGCUUGAAGGCACUGCCCUACUUCGAAGAAUUGAACGACCAAGGGGCUGUGGAGUUACCGGCUAUUAUGAAAAACCUCAUGGAGACCAAUGCUCGCAAGGCUUGAGUUGAACUCUAAUCAAACUAAUAAAAGCUAGUAAUUCACAGUGGUUGAUUUUA